AUGUCGGUAGUGCAGCGAGGCAGGAGCUGGUCUGGAGGAAGGCUGAGGAAGACACAACAAUUCAUCACGGUGGUGGAAGACACAGUAGGUUACAUGUACAUGCCAGGCAAGGGCGACGAUUUCAAACAGCAAGUUUGUAAGAGUGUAGUCGGCAGCGUUCCACGACCGACGCGUAGAUGGGAGACGGCGCUCGUUGUCAGGUGGGACGGUAGGCAGCAUGCAACUGGCUCACACAUACUCAGAAACAAUCAGGGGACAGUCUCAAUUGCCGAGGUGGACCCUGAGGGGCGAUACAUUCUGUUAGAGAACGCGAGCUGGAAAAGACACACGCAUCAGUUUAUGGGUGGCUGGCGGCUGGAACGCUGGCUCACCCCUACACAGCAGCUCUCCUUCACCUUCCCCGACCUCUUCAAACUCGACCAAGGCAACACGUGCGUCAUCUGGGCAAACUGCCCCGAUGCGACGCCAGCGCCACCGCACCAGCUGGUCUGGCAGGGGGCGCCCUCGUGGGGAUCCGGUGCGAACAUGGAGACAAGACUCGUGUCUGUCCAGGGCGAGGAAAAGUCUACCUACAUAGAACGUCGGAGUUAAACAUGCCGAGCGCCACAUGCCGGGCGCGAAUGCGUCAGGGUCGAAAUAAUAAACAUUAAAAACUUCCACAGCUAUAAUAACAUAAGCUGAGUUUACUAGCACAGGCGCAAUCGCCGAAACUACCAUCGAAAUCGCAUCAAUCGGAGAAAUCGGUUUUGCGCUGGAAGAAUCAAAAUGUUAAUAUUGUAACUAUAUUAUGCUUUCAUGAGUUAAUACACCUUUUCGGUUGUUGGUGAACGUAAUGGUAAGUGUAUGUUGUAUUGAGGUUUAUAAGUCUCAUAGUAUGAGGAAGAGUUAUAUGCUAUACUGAGAGUGCCUACAAUAACAUUCAAGUAACAACGAGUGUAAAAUACAUAUAUUAACUGAUUAGAAGGAAAGCGUGAGCACGUUUCGCAAAUAUAAGUAUACACAUAUUCUUAUUCUUAUUGUAUUUCGCGUUAUAGAUUUAGGCAGUUUUAAUCAUGUAUUAUCUAUUUUUGUGGGUGAUGAGUCAGUGUGAAAAUGGUGGUGCCACGUUAUUGAUCGCCAAUUACCCUUACAACGCAACCAUUGUUCCGCAUUGUUGCAAUUGUAACACAUUGCUACAAUUGUUGCACGUUGCUGCUAUUGCUACGCAUCGUUGCGAUUGUUACGCAAUUGUUGCAAUUGCUACGCAUUGUUGCUAUUGCUACGCAUUGUUGCUAUUGCUACGCAUUGUUGCUAUUGCUGUGCAUUGUUGCUAUUGUUGCGCAUUGUUGCGAUUGUUGCGCAUUGUUGCGAUUGUUGCGAAUGCUCCGUUGAUGUGAACCCUCACUUGUUGUCAGUGUCUCGUGGUCGGGCGCGGUAUAAUGUAAUUAUUAUUAAUGUAAACUAAUUAUAUACGGAAUUAAUUAUGUGCGGAAUUAAUUACGUAUGUAAUCAUUAUGCAAAUGACACAGCCGGUAUAUAGUUUAGUCGCAAGUGGACACAGUGCGGUGGUGCGAAGGUGACGUGCUAUGCUGAUGUGAACGGGAUAUAUGAAUAGUUAACGAGCCGAGAGCCCAUCGUUCUCUAUGCUGUACAAUAAACCGUUCUUCUAUAUAUAGAUA